GAACAUGCAAACUCCAUGCAGAAAGGGCCGGGAAUCAAACCUAGGACCUUCUUGCUGCAAGGCAACAGUGCUACCAACUGCACCACUGUGCAGCCUUAUUUCAAAUCAAUUUAAUUGCUUAUGUAAAGAUAACUCUGACCCUUUUAAUAUUAAUUAACAUAUAUGAAACUACAGCGUGAUAUUGUGAAUUUGAAUAGAUAAAUGAAAGAUAAACAUGAUCUCCCAACAUGAACUUCCUUUAAGUCUAAUUGAAUUGUGGCUGUUGUCGUCAGAUCCUGGUAAAUUGUGAAAAUAAAAAAUAUAUAUACAUCAAACAAAUUCUGUCCCGAAUUGACUGACUGACUGGUGAAAGUUUGCUGUGUAAAUUAGGUAGAGAAUCAAAAGACAUGAACCCACCAGUUCUCCAGUUAUACAAGUUUGUUUGUGUAGUACAUUUCAGCAACAAGGCAGUUCAAGGUGCUUUACAUGAUGAAGACAAAAAAUACAAAGUGAUGGGACACACAGUCAAGAACUGAAGCAUUACUUUUAUCAUUUACAGAUUUGUGGAGUGGGGGCCUGAAAUGUGGUUCGCCCAGGACGCCAAACAGGCUACGACCGCCUCUGCCUGUGAGGUGUUUGUCAAAAUUUGACAUUUAAAAUGUCAAAAACCCUUAAAUUUACUCUUUGACCCAAAAUGGCUGACUUGCUGUUGGUCUUUGGAUCUUCAAAAGGCUUUUUUCACUGUACUGGAGGAUUAUUAGUACUAAAUUUUCAAAUAUCUAUGUUAUAUAUGUGUUUAAAACUGAGCUGAGAGCCGUUUCACCAUGUCCCUUUUGAAUUCCACUGCAGUAUUUGAAAUUUAUGCAAGUUUCACAUGUCUGUAAAAUUUGACUAAUAAUACACAUUCAAAUCACAACAGGCCUUUGUUGUGUUUUUGCUGUUUUGGCCUGGUUAUGAUCAAUCCAUGUCAUAGAUAUUUAAAUUCAACAUUUUUCUGAAAUUUUAACCAACUUAUUGAUGGUUAAGUUCAAGGUAAGCUUGAAAUGCAUAACAGGCCCCGCCCACUGCUCUUCCUCACCCCUGCUGGGCAGCGAAGUCAAUAAAAACAGUUGAGGAAGCCCUGAAACACAACAACCAGGAUCAACGAAAUGGACAUGACGCAAAACUUAAAGUGCACAAGCUCACUCUUGUUUCUACUGCUGCACUCUGGUGCUUUUUCUUCUGUGCCCUCCUCUUUGUUUCCCUCCUCCUGUCUGUUACAGGGAAGAUUUCAUCUAAAUGGCAUGCACAAGGCUGGGGAUUUGAUACUCGGCGGGCUGUUUCAGGUCCACUUCUUCUCCGUGUUUCCUGACCAGUCGUUUACCGCUGAACCACAACAGCUGAUAUGCCACAGUUUUGAUUUUUUAGGAUUUCGAAAGGCUCAGACCAUGGCCUUUGCCAUUGAUGAGAUCAACAGAGACAAUCGGCUUUUACCCAACGUGACUUUAGGGUACAGUCUCUACGACAGCUGUCUCACUCUCGGAGUUGGAUUUCGUGCAGCACUGGCAUUAAUCAGCGGUCAAGAGGAGCAUAUUGUGUUGAAUGAGACCUGUGAAGGAGCCCCUCCAGUUGUAGGACUUGUGGGAGAUUCUUCCUCUACACGCACUAUUGCUAUCUCCACUGUCUUGGGUUUGUACAGAGUGCCGAUGGUGAGUUAUUUUGCCACGUGUGCCUGUCUCAGUGAUCGGCAGAGGUUUCCAUCGUUCUUUAGGACAAUCCCGAGUGAUGCUUUCCAGGUGCGCGCCAUGCUUCAGAUACUGAAACACUUUGGCUGGACUUGGGCGGGUUUGCUGAUAAGUGAUGAUGAUUACGGGCUGGACGCCGCCCGCUCCUUCAACUCUGACCUGGGUGUGUCUGGAGGAGGCUGUCUGGCCUAUGUAGAGAUUCUGCCCUGGGAAAAAGAUUUGAAUGAAUUCAAGAGGAUCGUGGAUGUGAUGAGGAAAUCCACGGCCCGCGUUGUUGUUGUGUUUGCGCAUGAGGGUAUGAUCAUUAAUCUCAUGGAGGAGGUUGUGAGGCAGAACUUGACAGGCCUUCAGUGGCUGGCCAGUGAAGCCUGGUCCACAGCUGCCGUGCUCCAGACCCCUGACCUCAUGCCGUACCUCGGGGGCACUCUGGGCAUCGCUAUCCGUCAAGGAGAGAUACCAGGCCUCAGGGACUUCCUGCUCCAAACACGUGCUGAUCUACAACACACCACCACCUAUGAAAAUAGCAUGGCAAACCAGUUUUGGGAAUUCACAUUUCAAUGUAAAUUUGCACCAGCUCCAUCAGGCUGGGUUAAGGAUGGGGGAAGGAUUUGCUCUGGAGACGAGGAUUUGAAGGCCGUGGAAACUGAGUUCUUAGAUGUUUCUGAUCUCAGGCCUGAGUACAACGUCUACAAAGCUGUGUACGCUCUGGCAUACGCCCUUGAUGAGCUGCUGAGGUGUGAACCAGGAAAAGGGCCUUUCAGUAAGGAAAGCUGUGCAACUUUACAAAACCUUCAACCAUGGCAGCUUGUGUAUUAUCUAGAGAGGGUUAAUUUCACCACAUCAUUUGGUGACCAAGUGUCAUUUGAUGAGAACGGCGAUGCCUUACCAAUAUAUGACGUCAUGAACUGGCUCUGGCUCCCUGAUGGACAAACAAAAGUUCAAAAUGUCGGCGACGUAAAAGUGUCGCCUUUUAAUGGUGAACAACUCACACUUGAUGGAGACAAAAUCUUCUGGAACUUUCAAUCAAAAAAGCCGCCGCGGUCGGUGUGCAGCGAGAACUGUCCUCCAGGAACCCGUGUUGUGAGAAAGAAGGGGGAACCUGAGUGUUGUUUUGACUGCAUCCCUUGCUCUGAGGGAAUGAUCAGUAAUUACACUAAUUCCCUGGAGUGCUUCAGUUGUGCAGAGGACUUCUGGUCCAGUCCACGGCGAGAUCACUGUGUUCUUAAGCAAACAGAGUUCCUCUCCUAUCAGGAACCGCUAGGGUUCUGCUUGACAGCAGCCUCACUGCUGGGCACAUUCAUCUGCGCUGUUGUUCUGGGGAUCUUCAUCUAUCACCGCAGUACACCGAUAGUACGAGCCAACAACUCAGAACUGAGCUUCAACCUGUUGCUUUCCCUUAAACUGUGCUUCCUGUGUUCGCUGCUGUUCAUCGGACGACCCAGGCUGUGGACAUGUCAACUCAGACACGCAGCGUUUGGGAUCAGCUUUGUGCUUUGUGUGUCCUGCAUCCUGGUUAAAACCAUGGUGGUUCUGGCUGUGUUCAAAGCCUCCAAGCCAGGAGGGGGAGCCAGUCUCAAGUGGUUCGGCGCUUCGCAGCAGAGAGGAACUGUUCUGGUUCUCACCUCUGUUCAGGCAGCAAUCUGCACUGCCUGGCUUGUCUCUUCUUCUCCUUCUCCACAUAAAAACACCAAAUACCACAACGAUAAGAUAGUUUAUGAGUGUGUUGUUGGCUCCACUAUUGGUUUUUCCGUGUUACUGGGAUACAUUGGCGUAUUGGCUCUUCUCAGCUUUGUGUUGGCAUUUAUGGCGAGGAAUCUUCCCGACAACUUUAACGAGGCCAAACUCAUCACGUUCAGCAUGCUGAUCUUCUGUGCUGUGUGGGUGGCCUUUGUUCCUGCUUAUGUCAGCUCACCGGGCAAAUAUGCAGAUGCAGUGGAGGUGUUCGCCAUCCUGGCCUCCAGUUUUGGCCUUUUGGUGGCGCUGUUUGGACCUAAAUGUUACAUAAUUCUGCUGAGACCAGAAAGAAAUACAAAGAAAGCUCUCAUGGCAAGAGGAAUGGAACAAUAAAAUAAUAGCUUGUAAAAGUCUAAGUACUCCUUCAACGUUCUGUCCCAUUUUGUACGGCGCAACAAAACUUUAAUUAGAUUUUGUUUAAUACUUUCUGCAGGAAGGUGGACAGCAAAUUUUGUAGCUCUUAACAUCUUCACAUCAACUCUGCUCAGCAUCUCUUUCUUUGCUGACAAAAGGGUAUAUGAAGCUGCCACCACCGUGUUUCACAGGGGGACGGUGUGUGCAGGUCAAUGUGCAGUGCAAACAUUCACAUUGUCAUCUCAUCUCACCAGGUCACUAUUCAAUGUGUUUGCAUGUGACUAGCUGCAGACUGACCUCCAUCUUUCAGUAGUGAUUUCCUUCUUGCCACUCAUUCAUGAAGUCAAUGACUAAUUGUGGAGGACUUGACAAUUUCUCCUACCUGCUCUGUGGAAAACUUCGGAGAAUUGCGUCAUGAACACCCAGAAGCUCACUGCUGACAGAUGAGGAUUAAAGUCGUGGACAUAUCUUUAUGGCCGUUAAAGCAGUCAUAAAAAGUCAUCAGUCUUUUUUUUUUUGGUGUCAGAGUAAGUGGGGGCUGAAUACAAAAAUACAGCACAAAUUUUCUUGGUUUUGAUUUGAUCAGGAAUAUAUAUAUUUAUUUUGUGAAUUUGUGCUACUUUACAUUGUUCUAUAUCAUUAUAUUUCUAUACAACAGGCAGAGGUUUGUAGUUGCCACAUUAACAAAUGUGAAGCAAUUCAACGGGUGUGAAUGCUUUUUAAGAGGUGGAAUCAAUUUACAGAUUAAAAUGAAUAUCAUGACUAAUAUGAGAAGUUAUUAAGAUGAGUUUAUGAAAGAAAUUGUUAGAACACUCAAAAUGUCGGAAUCACCGCCAGAGGUUUUUAUUUUUAUUUAUUUAUUUUUUGCCAUAAUGUUACUUUUAAAAUAUCACUGCAGCUGCUUUGUAAUAACAAAUUUGAAUGUAAAUUUGUUUUCUAUGAAUAAAGAUUCAUUUGGUUAAUCU